GACAAUGAGAAAAAGGAGUGGUGCCUCUGCAGAAUUUGCUGGAAUCCUGUACCAAUCGAUACUCUCAAAGAAAAACAAUUACAGAAGGAAGCCGAAUCUCAGACGCAUCUGCAGAUAUUUCGUAAUUGAGCAGAAAUUUGUAAAUUAAAGCUGGGAGAUAAAAUUAAAAAAUAAUAAAGGUUGAUACUGAACUAGAAUGACAGAUGACAUGGAUCAUCGAACGGACGUCGAGAUGAUUGAAACAGAGACCGUCACAGCAACUCAGCCGCAUCAGAACCAAAACGACGUUGCAAGGGAGUUGCUCACAUUCGCUCGCCAGCUCAUUAAUCAGGGCAAGCAUUCUCAGGCGCUGCAGGCGGUGGUGAUGGCCAUGAGAACCAAAGGUGGAGAGGAAGCUGUGUUUCAGUCUCUUCACCGAGCUCGUGAGCUGUACCGAAGCAGGCAGCAAGAAAACACAGCCGUAGGUCAGCUGGCUGCCUUGUUUGCCGAGUGUGCGAUUGCUGAAGCUCAGCCUUUAAAUGUUGCAGUUGAACCGCCACCAUGUAGUGAUGUUCCUCCAUCAGUUGCUGCUGAUGCUGAUGGAACUUCUAUUCUCGCUGAAACUGGUCGAAUGCAAAUUGUGUUGGAUGCAUUCUCAGAUGGAAGCAGCUUCAUCUGUUUACAAUGUGGAGGUCUCGUCAGUAACCAUCGCAAAGAUGAGCAUUAUGCGUACUGGUGUUGCAAACUCUGAUGCAGCGGUAUGCAUAAUGUAUAUUUCCUCAAACUUGUUCUGAUGCAUGCGCCUCUAGAACAAUAUUACCUUGCUGUUGUUGUACCUUUCUUGCCGUUGGCUGCAUGUACUCCCAUUACACACUAUUGCCAAAUGUACUGUAUUUGGUUACUCACAGAUUAGAGGCAUCAGCAGUUCAAAGGGAAGAGGAUUGUGAAAAUUUAUGCCCCUUUUAAAGCAUUUCAGAAUCUUGUAUGUAUUUCAUAUAGUUUGUACCAUAAGAAUUAUAUUAUCCAACAAAUGAUAUUAUAAUUCACUAGUAGAAUUUAA